GUAUUGUACGUCCUUGUAACUCUACUUAUCAGGGGAGCAAUUUAUUCAUGUUAGAAGCGUUUUGAACGUCUUAGAGUGAACACUAUGGGUGACUGUGUAAAAGAAGAUAAUUUUGACCAAGAUUUACACUCUGUAAAAGGCAAUAGUAAUUCCGAGCCCGCGACAGAUAGAGUGGUACCACCUCCACCACCGCCACCACCACGACCACGCUACUCACCUCAAAACCUACCAAAUAUAUGGGAUUUGGCCAAGAGAGCACACUUCAGUCCCCAUGCAGUAGUGACAACCAGGCUGCUUCAACUCGCAGAAACCGAGCGGGAGAGGGUGACAGUUCGAAGUCGGAGACAACAUUUACUGAGCCCACCUCCAGCCGCGCCUCCACUCCCUCGCUUUUCUUAUCCUCAGCGAAGCGAUGUCCUCGGUUCAGCUUCAACGCCUAUCAAUACAUGAUAUAUUGUACCGAAAAUCAUACUUACUUGUAAACGAGCUGCGAAGACAUGUCAAACUUGUUUUUUAUAAAAAGAAACUCAAAUUUAACGCUAAAGACCUAUUAAGCUUUAGUAACAUUUCGCCUGCCAUGCAAUGAAAUUGAGAUUUGAGAUCACACUUCCAUGCGUUAUGUUUUAUAAAUAAAAUGCACGCCUGCGCAACGCCUAAUAGAUGAAGAUGCCAUCGAAUGUAAGUAUAAUAUAUAAUAAAAAAUAUGAUAACCGAA